GUCUCUCAAGGCUGCCAAGCAUCGAAUGGCGAGCCAUGAAAAGCCGCUAUGCCGGCUAGUGCUGUACAUUGAGCCUCUCAUUCAUGUGGCUCUGCGCAUCCGCGCAGAGCGAAGCCAAGAAGAUGUCUCUCACGAUGCCAGCCGGUUCCUGGCAGCGCUGUCGGCGGAGAGCUACCUCCAGCUGGCUUUACUAGCUGACGCAGCUGUGGAAGUCGGGGACCUCUUGCGGGUGGCAGACGCGGGUGCUGGCAUGAACACGGCGGAGCUCAUCACAUGCGUCCAAGACUUUGAGAAGCGCAUCAGUUACUUGUUCUUGCACGGCGGGGUCUUCAGCUCAUCCGGCUUCACUGCGUGGGCGCUCCACGUGCUGCGACAGCGGUACAGCUUUGCAGUUGCAGGCACGCAGCGGGAGUUUGGGGGCCCGCAGUUGCCAGGCGAGGCAGUCAAGGAGCGGUGUCUACGCCGCAUGCAGGCCUGGCACAAGGUGGUGAACUCCGUGCUCCACGCCGUGUUCCCGGACUGGGAGCUUGCUGCGGCGUUCCAUGUGUUUGCCUUGGAUGGACCAGAGGACGCCAGGCGACCAACGCCAGGCAGCGAGGCAGAGAAGCACUUCCUACGUCUGGCAAAAGCUUUCCAGUUGGACGCAGGCGAGCUUGUUCGUCAGCUGCUUGCCACCCAAGUGCCUGCGCGCAGGAUCUUUGCCAGCAGAUGCUCAGAAGCCUCGGCGGGUUUUGGCCCAGCGUGGGCGCAAGCCGUGUGGCACGCGCAGAAGUUGGGGAGGCCGGUGGCUGCGCUGCAGGCAUGCUUGCAGCGCUACUUGGCCUUUGCAAUCAGCACCUGUGGCCUUGAGAGACGCUUCUCGCGGCAAGCGUGGUCUUUUGGAAAGUCUGCUGACCACCAAUCCCUGGCGCUGCACGUGGCCAAAGCGAAGCUCCUGACGGAUUACCAGGCGGCAGAGGAAGACGCCAUCAUCCAGAAGGCGCAGGAGGUUUGGAUGCAGCGGCACAGCCCAGCCAGGGAGUCCACUGGCCCUAGGUUUCACAAGGGUCAGCGCCAGGGGCCUCGAAAAGGCCGCACGCUGGCGGGCUUCUUGCGGUUGGGGGAUUUCUGGACAGAGAAGCACGCAGAGGAAGUUGCUUUCCAGCAGCAGAAGCAGGUGCGACUGGCCCAAGAGGCUCAUGAGCUGGGAGCCCUGCUGCCCGGAGAUGUGCCAGAUGAAGUUCUAGACGCAGCUCCUGAAGCAGAGCGCCGGCGACAAGCCAAUGCUCGUCAGCGGGCGCGGCAGACAAGCAAGCGUGCGGCUGCUCUACAAGGCGCAUUGCCAGACCUGACAGGGAGAGUUGUGUUCGUGCCGCCGGGCAUGCCCUCAUUGCAGCGGCUGGCAAGUGAGCGCGGUUUCCAGCUCACCGACCGCAGGGCUCAGGCCACCGUGUUUCUUGCAGAGUCCUUGGAAAGCAUGUCGGAGAGAACUUGGGCGGCAGCGGUGCUUUGCGGAGGCAGCGUCAUGACCUGGGACACCUUGCAGGAGAUGCAAGGGCCGUGCGUUUCUUGGCAGAAGGCCUUGGACACAAGGCGCCGCGUGUACUGGACCCAGGCAGCUCAGAAGCACAGCCCGCAGCUGCACCAGCUGGUCGUGGAGAUGGCGAAGACGGCGAGGCGCUGGAAGAUGCUGGAUGGCCAAGAAGACUUCGAGCAGCAGAAAGUGGAAGCGGCCGCCAGGAAGCAGAGCCCCGCCGUUCUCGCCGUGACACGGCCGUCAGAGAAGAAAGGUCUUCUUGAAGUGCUGGUUGCACGUGGUGCCAAGGGACAAAGGUCCACGCUCAGCACUCACAUCCAAACUCCCAAGGAGUUUUUCCAGUUCAUUGCAAAGCAAGAUCCACAGCGAUGUUGCACGGGUGUUUGCGGAUAUUGA